UAUAUAAGAGCAUUGCAUCCUUCUCUGCCUCUCUCACACACAUACAGUGUGUCUGCUGGGAAGGGGAUAGUCAAGGGGAAACUAGAGAUUACAUUGUCUACCUGCCUGUGAAGGAAUUAUUUUCCUCUUUGGAAUUUCCAUUAAAAAGAUCUUGCAACAACACCCUAAACGGCCAUAUUCUUACCAAUCAUCAACACCCUCUGACAUUACUACUAUCACCUGAUCUGCAACACAUUUUCCUGCUGUCACCAUCAUAUCACUUGUCAGUGACAUCGACGCCGAGCUAAUUUGACAUCGCCCAAGGAGACCAUGAGCAGCAACUCCAGCGUCACGCUCUUAGGCCCGGCCCCCUGGGGCUUCAGGCUACAGGGAGGGAAGGACUUCAACAUGCCCCUCACCAUCUCCAGGCUGACAGACGGUGGAAAGGCGGCUAAAGGUGGCAUCGGUAUCGGAGACAUGGUUCUGUCUAUUGACGGCAUCGCCACGGAGGGCAUGAACCACCUGGAGGCCCAGAACAAGAUCAAGCGCUGCACUGGCAACCUCAGCCUCAACCUGCAGAAGGCCUCCAGGGUUCCUAAACCUCCUCCUGUGGCACCAAAGGACAACAGAUCAGACAUCAUAAAACCAGUGGCCCUCACCCAUCCCCCUUCACCACCCCAUCCCCACCCUCACUCGUCCAGCCCCUCCACCGUCAGCUACAACAAAGCCCCCAGACCUUACUGGGGCUGUGCGCCAGAGAGCGAAUACCCUCCCUUCAUCCCAUCCCCAUCCUCUGCCUUCACUCCCGCCUCCUGCAACACCAGUCCUUUUCCUCCUCCUCCACCUCCUGUCUCUUACCCAUCCUCUUCCUCCCCUUCCCCCCCUGUCCUCGUUGCGCCCCAGCCAUCAGUGUAUAACACACCCAUCAACCUCUACUCCACUGAGAACGCAUGUGAGGUGGCCAUGGGGCAGAGGAGGGGCCUAUUGGAGAGUCAGGGUGGAGCCUUGCCUUUGCAGUUAAAUGGAGUUCCCAGGAAACACAUUGUGGACACAGACAUCCAUUUUUACCAUGUGCCCACUCAUGCUGAUGCCAGCAGGAAGCGCAUAACGGAGGACACAGAGGACUGGCGCCCACGCAGCGGGACAACCCAGUCCAGGUCUUUCAGGAUUCUGGCUCAGAUCACCGGUACCGAGCGCGCUCAAGAGGAGGAAACCGACGCAGCCAAGAACACAAAUGAGGAAGGGGAGGAGCCAGAACCCAACAGCCAUGAGUCUGCAGUUGUCAAGACCAUGAUCAAAGGACCUGUUGCCAUCCAGGGUCACGGUCCACGUACAGGUUUGAUCACCCCAUCUUUCGGUAUGAAGGGUAAUGGAAUUGCCAGUGUUCCGAAAGGUCCUGUCCCAGCCCGACCUUUACCUCAGCCCCACCCUAAAGACGAGGACACCCUGGUCCAGAUGGCAGAACACAUCCCUGCUGGGACUCGGACGCCCAUGUGUGCCCACUGCAACAUGGUGAUCAGAGGACCAUUUUUGGUAGCAAUGGGGAAAUCAUGGCAUAAGGAGGAAUUUAACUGUGCCCACUGCCGUACAUCCCUGGCAGAGAUAGGCUUUGUGGAGGAACAGGGAUCUGUCUACUGUGAACACUGCUAUGAAGAUUUCUUGGCUCCGUCAUGCAGCCGCUGCCAGGCCAAGAUACUGGGGGAGGUGAUAAAUGCCCUCAAACAGUCGUGGCAUGUCUACUGCUUCCUGUGCGCUUGCUGUCAGCAGCCAAUCAGAAACAACACCUUCCACCUGGAGGAUGGAGAGCCAUACUGUGAACAAGACUUCUACAAUAUGUUUGGGACCUGCUGCCAUGGCUGUGAGUUCCCCAUUGAGGCUGGAGACAAGUUCCUGGAGGCCCUCGGUUACACCUGGCAUGACACCUGCUUCAUCUGCACUGUGUGCUGCACCACUCUCGAAGGCCAGACCUUCUUCUCCAAGAAAGACAAACCUCUUUGCAGGAAACAUGCUCACACACUGAAGAUAUGAAUCUUGGACUUUCUUCACAACUUUCUAGCCUUACUUUCUCCCUUGGUGGAUGGGACGGCCUCUUUAUAGUUCUUGCAACAAUAAAUCUCAAGCAAUACUCGCACGAGUAUAGAGGUCAGAAUAAGGGAAAUAUUGCCAUGAAUGCAAAAGUAAACUUGUUCUUGUCUUUGUACUGAGAACCAUUGUAACACCAGUACUUUCCUCAUGAGCAGCAAGUAAAGAAUCACUGUUUUUACCACAUUUCACCACAAAUAUUGAUUUUAAUCUGGAUUUUAUUGGCUCAUGCAUCCAAAAAUAGAAUAGUUUUACUGCCAAAUGGUGAUGAUCACCAAAGUCAGACGUUCAAUAUGUAGGAUUUUGUGAUUCUAGUCUUUGACUUUAUCCUAUAGUCGUCAUUUCUUAAUCCAGAGUUUGAUAUUGAGCCCUAAAUAUAUAUUAUCAUACAUACAAAAUAGAAACAUGUGUAACAAAAUAUGAAGGCCAUAUUAUGUAUAUCUAUGUAUAUUUGCUUACUAUUAUUGACUGACUUAUCUUGAUAAUUGUGCUCCAUACUGAGUGCCAUAUAGUUCAAUGAACCAUAUUCAUAUUUUUACUUAUUUUAUCUCGUGCUAUUUAUAAAAAUUGCAUUCUUUUGUGGUUGAGUCCGUCCUCCAUCUGCUUCAAAAAAGUGAGUAGCUCAUUCUGUCCUGACCUGCAGGAAGAGAAGGUCAAACAUAAUCCUUGUGUUGUAAACUGUAUAUUUUAUUUUGUUUAUAUGAGUGAGAAAUGUCUUAUCUGACAAUAUGUAUUUAACUGUUUGAGUAACUGGGCUUUUCCUCUUCAGGGAAUGGAUUGGGGGGGGUUAGUUCUCUGUUGUUAGUAUCAAUAUGUUGACUUGGAGAUAUUGACUUGUUAUAAUGGCUGAGGGGUACACUUGGUCUUUUCUGUUUAAAUUAAAACACCAGAAUACAUGGCAGCAAAACUCACCUAUUAUUAAUUUCACAUAUCAAAAGAAAUCUGUGUUUUUUACGGUAUGUGACAAAACUGUACAGUGUACAGUGAUAAUCCAACAUGGGGAAAAGAGGCUAAAGUCUCUAAAAAACAAUUAAAAUGGAUCUGAUUUGUUUAAUAAAUGAUGCUCUUUUAA